AUGCUCGUCUUCACCCAUUUCGUCGUUCUUCUCUCUGCCGCAUCUGCCCUCGCUAUACCACGCAAGCGUGAUGUGGCUAGUGUCGAGGCUGCCGUCGCUAAAAUCUCCAACCAGGUCACCGACCUAGACGAUAAAAUCACUGCGUUCCCGGACACAGGUGGAAACCUUGGAACUGCUCUGGCAAUCCACUCCUCAGCCGGGAAUCUCGGCACCUCGCUCAAGAGCGGCGCAAGUGACACUCAGGCUACUGCCGCCUUUAGCGAAGCCGAUGGCCAAGCCAUCCUUGCUUCUGUUGAGAAAUUUGAACCAACCAUCCUGGAUGCCCUCAAAGUCAUCGUAGCGAAGAAGCCUGCUUUCCAGGCCCUCCCACUCCCUGGUAUCACGGGUCUUGUUCUCCAAGACCUUCAGGUCCUCAGCACCAACACUGGAGCGUUCGCUGAUGCUCUCAUUGCCAAAUCUCCGGCUGACCUCGCCGACAAGGCCAACGAGAUCAAAUCUAACAUUGCGUCCGCGUUCGCUACAGCCGUAGCCGCCUACUCCUAA